GAAUUGGAUGACAUUGCAUUGACUGACAAUGAUCAACAAGUGAGCUUAUUGUCAAGCGACCUCCAACAGUUAACAGUAAAGAUUGAUCACACCAAAGCAAGGAUGGAUGAGGUUAAUUCUGAUGUGCAGAUGUACACAGAUCAAAUUAAACAGUUAGACAAAGAAAUGGAGACAUGGAAGACUAUAGAACGUGAAAAUCAAGAUCAAAUGGCCGAGGAUUUAAAGUCAAUGGAGAAAGUAGCAAACAAAAGAGCUUUAUUGUUUAAAAAGAAAGAGGAAGCUUUGGGUAAACUACGUGGACUAGGCUCUCUUCCUUCUGAUUUUGCUAAAUAUCAGCACUACACAACAUCACAGUUAUGGAAGAAGUUAGAAAAGUGCAAUAAUGAUCUAAAGAAAUACAGUCACGUCAAUAAAAGAGCUUUAGAUCAGUUCAAGGAUUUCUCUGAGCACAAGGAGAAACUAACUGAUCGUAAGAUCGAGUUGGACAAAGCUUAUGAAAGCAUACAGGAGCUGUUUGAUGUCCUUGAGUUGAAGAAACAUGAAGCAAUUGAGUUCACAUUUAAACAAAUGUCAAAGUAUUUUACUGAAGUCUUUCAUGAGCUAGUUCCACAAGGUCACGGGCAACUGGUGAUGAAAAAAUUAAACGAAGACGUAUCAAUGGAAAGUGAUUCACAAUCAGAGACCGCUUCCAUAUCAGAUCAGUACACUGGAGUAUCCAUUAGAGUAAUAUUAUAAUACCUACUGUACAUCCAUUUUAUCAUCUCUCUCCC